AUGUCUAAUAACCAAAGCGAGAUGCAAUAUAGAACUCCUAGUCCACUCCCUCAUCAGAUGGGGUCUCCGAAAUGUCCACCUACACCAACUACAAUCAGAACACGACCUCUUUGUAAUCGAGAACUACUCCACAAAUGCGUUCCGUUGGUAGAGAAGAAAGAGUGGAUAGAGACUAUUAGUAAUACUAGUCCUAGAAAACAAAGCGAAGGUUCAGUCACAGCUGAUUCAAUGGAGACUCAGUUUCCAAAUACACUGGACCCACAUAUGGAUGCUUAUGGCAUUCUGGAUACCCAGGAGCAUCCUCCUCGUCAUUUAUUUUCUCCUCUUUUUAAAGAUAUCAGCCAUCCAGACCAUCCUUCACCCAUUCAAUCGUCUUUGAUUUUACCAUCCUGUGUGCAUUUAGCUCAAUCAAGUACUGCGACAUUCUCAGAAUGGAAAUUAAUCAACCAGGAUGAAAAUCCUUUUCUAAAUACAGACACAGCAUUUAACCGGGAGUGCAGUUCCAUUCACACCAGAUCUUCUCUUGCUGCCUAUUCGACUGAGAACCAGCCUCUGAAACCAAUUAACCAAUCCCGUCCGAAGCAAAAAGGUGCUUCCAGGUCUAACAUAGCCAUUCGUCGCCUACUAGGUCGACAUGUUGAUUCGGAUACCUCUUGGUCUACUCGUUUACGGCCUCGUGUCAACAGACAUAUUCUAUCCUAA